GCUCCGGGUGUUCGGGCGCCCCGGGGUGCCGUCCUCUCCGCCGGGCGCGCCCACCCCGCCCACGUGAAACCUCGCGGUCCUCCGCCACCCGGACCCAGGACCUCGCCUCUGAAGCCAGCCCUGAGGCUCACGGGACAAUCUCAAGCGCUUCAUUUUGUGUCCCUAAAGCUUCGGCCGUGCCUUAACGGUUUGGUAUUAUUUGUUGUGCAUUUGGCUCAAAACCAAGGGAGAGCUUGAUUUCACGAGCUACUUGUGACAGAGAACUACAAAUCCCAUGAGGCAGUGGGGCUGCGGGACCACGACUCCCAGCAGGCUCCGCGAGGCUCCCGCGCCUUUCGGCGCAGGCGCUCCGUGCCGGGGCGGAGCAGCUUUGCGGGAUGGCAGCGCCUGAGGAGGAGCCUGAAGCCCCCACGGAGCCCCUGGACAUCGCCUGCGGCCUGGAGAACGUGCCUGUGAGCGUGUGGCCCCCGGGGGCGGUGCCAGAGCCCUUCCAGUACACUCCGGAGCACGUGGCGGGGCCCGGGGCGGACGCGGACCCCGCCGAGAUCACCUUCCCCGGGUGCCUCUGCCUGCACCGCCCCUGCGUCCCCGGCUCCUGCUCCUGCCUCCGUGGCGCGGAGAACUACGACGCGGACGCGCGCCUCAGAGCCCUGGGCUCGGCGGCGGGGCGCGCCCCGCCGGUCUUCGAGUGCAACGCCCUGUGCCCCUGCCCGGAGCGCUGCGCCAACCGCGUGGUCCAGCGGGGCGUGCAGCUGCGCCUGCAGGUGUUCCGGACGCGUCGCAAGGGCUGGGGGCUGCGCGCGCUGGAGUCCGUCCCCCGCGGCCGCUUCGUCUGCGAGUACGCCGGCGAGGUGCUGGGGCUCGCGGAAGCGCGGAGAAGAAUUCGGCUGCAGACGCCGCGCGAUGCGAAUUACGUCAUCGCCGUCCGGGAGCACGUGCGCAGCGGGCCGGUGAUGGAGACGUUUGUGGACCCCGCGCGCAUCGGGAACGCGGGCCGGUUCCUGAACCACUCCUGCGAGCCCAACCUGCUCAUGGUCCCUGUCCGGGUGGACUCCAUGGUGCCAAGGUUGGCACUUUUUGCAGCCAAGGACAUUCUGCCGGAAGAAGAGCUCUCGUUCGACUAUUCAGGAAGAUUUCUUAACCGAAUGGACGGCGAAGACAGAGGAAGGCCCGACGACGGGAAACUAAGGAAACCUUGUUACUGCGGCUCCCGGGUGUGCUCGGCCUUCCUGCCCUACGACGGCUCUCUGUACCUCGCUGCGGAGCCGCCUGGUGAGGGUCCGGGAGGGAGAGCUCAGGAGACACGCUCCUGCACGCCCCCAGGGCAGGAGGGGGCACAAGUGGCUUCUCAGCUUUCACCUGGACACAUGGCCGCCCCGCUAAACUGGGGCACUUUCCCUAGUCAGAUGCGGCCGGCUGCCUUCUAG